AUGGCGUCAACCAAUUUGUCUGUCCUCGAGCAAGCCCACGAGGCGGUAGAUUUCCUGAAUAGCCGAGUUCCCGAGGGUCUGCAAAAACCCAAGGUUGCUGUCGUUUGUGGCUCUGGUUUGAGUGGCCUAGCGGACACAGUCCAGGCAGAUCCUCGCAUGGAAUACGACUACGCUUCUAUUCCUCAUUUCCCUCGUCCAACCGUUGCGGGACAUGCGGGCAAGUUGGUGUUUGGCCUCUUGGGCCAGAAGAUUCCGGCGGUAUUCAUGGUUGGCCGUGCCCACUACUACGAAGGAAACUCGAUGGAUCAAGUGACAUUUCCUAUUCGCGUGUUCAAGCUCCUAGGAGUGGACACGGUCGUGCUGACCAAUGCGGCCGGGGGACUCAAUCAAGACUAUGACGUGGGUGAUAUUAUGCUACUAAAUGAUCAUAUCUUCUUGGCAGGCCUCGCGGGAGUACAUCCUCUCAGAGGCCCCAAUGUCGACGAUUUCGGUGUCCGCUUUCCACCUCUGUCAGAUGCAUAUGACCUUGAUCUGCGUCGUCAAGUCCACCAAGUGUGGAAAGAAAUCAUCCCUUCGCACACUACCAGGAGAUUACACGAGGGAGUUUAUGCCUUUGUCGGAGGCCCAACUUACGAGACAAGGGCCGAGAGCCGCAUGCUUCGAAUGAUGGGUGCUGAUGUGGUGGGAAUGUCCACUGUGCCCGAAAUCGUGGUCGCGAGGCACUGCGGCCUUCGUGUGCUCGCAUUCACCUUGGUCACAAACAGUGCGGUGUUGGCUCCUGUUCCUCGAGGGGACGAGCAAUUGCUCCAAGGCAAGGAUGCCAGUGAACUCAGUGCAAUGUUGGAGGAGGGCAAAGCAACACAUGAGGAAGUCUUGGAAGCUGGCCGCACAGCGGCUUUAGAUAUGCAGCAACUGGUGACGCGCACUCUUCUGAGAGUUUUUGGUCAGGCAUAG